GUUUGCGUUGUGCAGCUAAUGGAAUAAAAUAAUUUCGGAUGUUACUAAACAGAUCAAUAAAGUUCGGGUAAUUCAAGCUGAUCACGCGAUAUGGCCGAGUCUAAGGGUGGUAAGAAAAAUGCCAAAGGAAAAAAAGGUCAAAUUCAAGAUGAAAAAGAGAGUUCGAGUGGUUCGAGCGUCAGCAUUGCAGAUGACGAUGAAGACCAGAUCGGUCAUGGUGUGGGCACAGCCGCCAUUACUGUAGACCGGGACGAGUACCUCCAGGCACAUAGAGACCUGACCUUCGACUUUCGACACAUUCAAAUGAAAAAUAACAUACUACAUCGACGAUUGGCUGAAUAUUAUAAAAAACGAAAAUUAGAACACGUAUUAAAACCGUUGGAGGGCGCUGUUGAUUUAGAGGAAAAAUAUCAACAGAAACUUUUGUCUUAUGAAGAACUCAAAGAGAAAGAGGAGCGCGAAGUUGCCGACAUUAAAUCCAAAGUAAAUGCAGUUGAGGCACAAUACGCUGAGCGUUUGGAAAACGCUGAGAAGAAAUUCGAUGGACUCCAGACCCUUGAGAGAACCACAGGCACCGGGCUUAUCUACUCGAAGAAGGGAAAACCAAUAGCUGAUAAGACUGUGGAAAGAUUCCUAACCCUCCAAAGGCGCAAGAGCGAGCAAUCAUCGGCUCUGUGUCUGAGAUACAUUAGAGUCCGAAAUGCUGUGGCUGAAUUGGAGGCUCAUGUCCGAAAGCUGGAGAUGCUGGGACCAGGUCUAUACGUGGCUCAGUAUGAACAGCUGCAUAUCGAUAACCAAAACUUCAUGACGAAAAUUGAAGAGAGAGAAGAUGAGCUGAUCAGGAAUCGCGCAAAGUGCACAGAACACAAUCAAAUGCUGGCCCACAUUAGAGAGAAGAUGCAUCACACCGACGAAGUCAUAGACUUCACGGAGUGCGACCUCGGAGACGCUGAGAUUGAGUUCUUGAGGGCCAGAGAAGAUCUUGGUUCAGUAAAGAGCCGUCGCGACAAGUUGCGCUGGUCGCUGGAGGGUGAGCGACUGAAGGCAGGCCUGCUGACGAGGAAGGACUUGUUGCGUGACUUUCAAGACGCCACGGAUGAGGUGGUGUGCCUGAGAGAAAAGAAAAAGCAACUGGAGGCAGAAAUAGCGAAGACGACGCGUGAACUGCGAGACGCACGCAGGCGCAUGCAAAUACACCACGCGAUCGCGAACCAACAGGGGAACCACACUGGUGCUUAGAAGUAUACUUAUUUAUUUUAGUUAUAUUUAUUGGAGUUAGCGGUUAAUUAAUU